AUGAUUUUAAAAUGGAUAACGUCUACGACGGUUACGACGGUUCCUACAGAAGUAGUAAUUAAUACAAAUGGACAAAAUACAUCUGUUUACGCAACUUAUUUGGAUCCUCGGGUUUACGCUGCUUUAAUCUCAAAAAAAAAUGCUAAUGGAACUAGGCUUUCUGAUGAAUGUUAUUAUAUUUCCACACCACGUCCUUACGAAAAUAAAAGCGUCAGUUGGGACUGCGAUGCUGGAUAUUAUUGUUUCGGUCCGAGUAAUACAUCAAGAUUCCCAUGUACUGAUGGAUUUUAUUGUCCAGAAAAUACACAGCCCGUUUAUUGUUGUGCAGGUUAUUAUUGUGAAGAUCAUAAAACAAUUAAACUUUGUCCUGAAG